GUGAUUACUGAAAGAAAGUGCAGAGUGAUCUCCAGACUACACCGCAUAAAAAAUCCAAUUUGUUUUUCUCCUACCGCCGUCGUCUCCGCUGCGCCAGUCACAGUCGCCUGCGAAAAUCAAGAGAUGGAGACGAAGCCAAGCGAGAUAAGCAGCUCGAAGAUGUUCGGAGGGUACAACAAGAGAUACAAGCAUUACAGUCCAAAACUGGGUUGCUCCAUGACCUUCCACAUCUAUUUCCCGCCUUCAUCUUCCCAAUCCCAGAAGUUCCCUGUGCUUUACUGGCUGUCUGGCCUUACUUGCAACGAUGAGAACUUCAUAGCAAAGUCAGGGGCACAGCGGGUGGCAUCGGCUGAGGGUGUCGCGUUGAUUGCACCCGAUACAUCACCAAGAGGACUGAAUGUGGAAGGAGAAUCUGAAAGCUGGGAUUUUGGCAUCGGUGCUGGAUUUUAUCUCAAUGCCACACAAGAGAAGUGGAAAAACUGGCAAAUGUAUGAUUAUGUUGUGAAGGAAUUGCCGCAACUUCUGACUGAGAACUUCCCUCAGCUUGACACAUCCAGGGCAUCCAUAUCUGGUCAUUCAAUGGGAGGACAUGGAGCGCUGACAAUCUACUUGAAAAACCUUGAUAAGUACAAGUCAGUAUCUGCCUUCGCACCGGUGUCCAAUCCUAUAAACUGCCCCUGGGGUCAGAAAGCUUUCACUAACUACCUUGGUGGCAAUAAAUCAGAUUGGGAGGAAUAUGAUGCUACAUGUCUCAUCUCCAAGUUCCAUGAUGUAAGGGCUACCAUUCUGAUUGAUCAGGGAGAGGAAGACAAGUUCCUGCAAGAGCAGCUGCUGGUGAACAAGUUCGAGGAAGCGUGCGGGAGUGUGGGAGUCCCCCUGCUUCUAAGAAGGCAGCCCGGCUAUGACCAUUCUUACUUCUUCAUCUCCACUUUCAUCGAAGACCACAUCCGCCACCAUGUUCAAGCCCUCAAUCUGUAGCUCCCGGUCUUACCGAGAAUCAGGUCUAGUUUGUUAUUAACUGAGUUGUUUGCUCCAAAUCCCCGACUUUAGAGUUUUGCUUUUCGGUGGUUCUUGUUUCCCUCCUUUCUGAAUUGUUCGACACUUAUGUUUUAAGCUAUUUCUGGAAGAAAGUGAAGAUGGAUGAUGGUGGCCUUAGAUGCUGAACAUGAUUAUCAUAUUAUCAUUAUCGGUAUAAUUGCUUGAACAUUAUCAUCAUUACGUUACAAUUAUGCUUAACCAUGAUCCUGAAAUCCAUAUGCAUGCAAAGUUAUUGUCACUGGCCGGUGAUCGAUCAUCGAAGUGGGCCGCCGAUCGUAGAACUCUUCUACACCCUGAAAUCAUUAAAGACAUGGAGUUCACGAAAUGUGAGGGAUAUUAUAUACAGUAGCAUCACCAUGCCCUUGUUUGAGCUUUGAGCUUCGUUCGACAGAUCGAUGGUCGCUUUGCAGCUGUUGGCCGGGCACAUGUCGACGAUCCUCACCGUCACGGUCUGGCCAUCCUUGCAAGGCACGUCGACCCCGUCGUUCGUCCCGCUCAUGCAUCUCACCCUGUAGGACUUCCCGCAGGCGCUGCCGCCUUCCCACAGGUACGUCUCGCUCGCUGCCGCGAACAUCCCGCUCUGCUUCUCGAACCCGUAGCACGCUGACGCUGGUUAACAAUAACUCGAGUUAUUGAAAAAAUUCGCAUGUCUCGUGCGCGCGACGAUGUGGAAAGUAAAUAGGAAGCUUACGUUCAUAAGGGGGAGUGUAGUAGCUGGCAGUGCCGUACCACUGUCCAGCGCCGCAAGGAUGGCACGAGAGCAGCGAGACUGCUGCGAAUGUGGUGAUGAGAACAGCCACCCUGCCGCUGCUGCGUUGCACUAGCGACAUUUGCUUUGAUCUAGAGAAGAUGAACCUGUAAAAAAGCUUUACUAUAGGGAGCUGAUUGGAGAGACUAGCUAGCUUAUUUCUGGUCUUGGUCUGUACGAAACUGAACUCUAAUGGAGAUCUUAUUUAUACACAAAUGUGAUAUCAACUGUUUUCCAAUUUCUA